AUGAGAUUACCUUCGUGCUCGGUGAACGGCACUGUAAAGCGGUACGCCCUUGCCAUCUGCCUGGUGUUUCUACUUGAGAUCUGGUUUCACUUGUCAAGUCUGUCGACAAAACAACCACAGAUUCACGUCAACAAAACACCACUUACGAGUUGUCGCACAAAUGGACACUCUCUUGAUGAUGAUGCACUAGCGCCUCGACAGAAUGCGACAAUACUCAUGCUUGCCCGGAAUGACGAUCUUGAGGAAGCCGUGGACGCCCUUUCGUCUUUCGAAUCGCAGUUCAACCAUCGAUAUCAUUACCCAGUUGUGUUCCUCAAUGAUGAGCAAUGGACUGAUGAAUUCAUGCAAGGGGUGUCGAGCAUCGUUAGCGGGCAGACCAUCUUCGACACCAUUUCUCCUGAACUGUGGGGUUACCCAGAUCAUGUCGAUCAAGAUGCCGCUCGAGCACACAUUAAAGAGCAAGGAGACCGAGGAAUUGUCCACGCAGGUCAAGAAAGUUAUCACCACAUGUGUCGAUUCUAUUCCAUGUCAGAUAUUCCAUCCCAAGCUCACGAUGGUCCGACUAACAACGCCUCAGGNAAAUUCUACGACCAUCCAGCUAUACAAUCAUACAAAUGGUACUGGCGCAUUGAACCUGGCAUCUCCUUUGACUGUCCCAUAAACUUCGACCCUUUCGCAUACAUGUCGCGCGAGAAGAAACGUUAUGCAUAUGUUAUCGCGUUGCAAGAAGUCGGGUCCACAGUCCGCAGUCUCUACAGAGUCGUCAGCGACUACAAAGACCGACUGAACAUAAUACCAUCUCGAUACUGGGACGCUUUGGUCGAUCCCUCAUGGGCACCCUUUCCCAUCCGCUGGCUGUUGCGUCUGGCACCCUACCGUGAUAUCAAUGGCGACGAAUGGAACCUCUGCCACUUCUGGAACAACUUCGAGAUUGCAGAUCUGGACUUCUUCCGAGAAGAAGGCUAUAGACACAUGAUGGAGCAUCUAGAUGAACUCGGCGGCUUCUAUUACGAGCGCUGGGGCGAUGCUUCCGUCAGGUCUUUUGCAGCGACAUUACUGCUGAAACCAGAGGAGAUACAUUACUUUGGCGAUGAUAUAUGUUAUUGUCACGGCGAUUUUUGCUCGCCGGGGACGAAUUUGCUGGACACGCAAACCAGUUGUCCUUUAGAGAAGCCGCUCGAGGAGAAGGAUUGGAAGGGUUCAUACAACCAGAUGUGUCAUGAGAAGUUUAGGAAAGCUCAUGUGUUAUGA